CUGAACACGCUCAGGUUAGCUCGGCCAGCCAUGUCGUCCCCUUCCUCCUCCAGGCGCCAGUGGUGCUACCUGUGCGACCUGCCAAAGAUGCCAUGGACCGUGGUGUGGGACUUCAGUGAGGUGGUCUGCCGUGGAUGCGUGAACUACGAAGGAGCCAACCAGAUUGAAUUCCUGAUCGCGAGCGCCCGCCAGUUGAAGCGAACUCACGGCAUGCAGGACGGUAACGUGAGGUCACCUGGUCCCUCUCCCAAUAAACACGGCACAUCAGCCCGGGGAGAGGUGGCUGCAGACGGAGGCAGGCCGCACGGGGACCGUUUCGAGAGGGGAGUUAGAGGAGAAAUUACCGCAUCAACUAUUCGUGUACCGCCAAACGGGCUGCAUCGUGACGGCCAGCCGCUUCAAGAAGUUAACCGUCAGAGCCCCAGUGGCAGUCGGAGAUCCAUGAUUAGCGCAGCCAUCCCUCCUAAUCUAGUGACUCAGAGUAUUGCAGGUAUUCCCCCUGGGAUACUUGCAGGGAUGCCCGCUGGUCUGACGGCCCGGACAGCCCCUAUGAGCAGCCCUAUGAUCUUCCCUGCCCCUGUGCUGGCAGAGAUGAGCCGCAGACAGCUGGGAAUAGGAAUGGGGAUCACCCCUUUUAUCACGCCAGAGCUGGAGAGAGAGCUGAGUUCCUCCCAGAACCAGCCCAAGACACAGACCCACACAGUUGUGGCUGGCAGCAGUACCAGCAAGAGUACAAGCCUGGCUUCUUCAUCGUUCUCCAUGGCUGGAGGUGUAAGCCAGACUAGUCCUAAACCUGCAUCAUCUCCAGCCAGGCAGCCACGCCCCCUAACUGCAAGGUCAGGAGGAGAGCCCCUAGGAUCCAGCACCUCAGCAGAGGCAGCUACCACUGCUGCCGCAGCGUUACCCCACAGCGGUGCCUCUGAGCUGGCAUCUGCAUCUGCCAAUAACAGCCAUUCAGCUGGAAACAGUCUGUCCUGCACCUUGUGUCAUGAGAGACUGGAAGACACCCACUUUGUUCAAUGUCCAUCAGUGCCAGGCCACAGGUUCUGCUUCCCGUGCACGAGAGGGUAUAUCCAGAGUAGGCAUGGUGAUGGGGAAGUGUACUGCCCCAGCGGAGAGCGCUGUCCAUUGGAUACCUCUCCCAACAGUCCCCCAUGGGCCUUCAUGCAGGGGGAGAUAACCACCAUUCUGGGAAAUGGUGCUGCCGGUUCAGGAUCGAGCGGAGCAGGAUCUGCUUCAGCUCCUGCAUCAGCUCCUACAUCUGGAGCCAGUACUGGACCUGGAGCUGCAGCUUCAUCAGGGUCUGGAAGUGGAACAGCAGCACCAACAGCUGGAGCCGGAGCAGGGAGUGGGAGCGGGAGUGGGAGUGGAGAUGUCACUGUCAAGAAAGAGAGAGAGACGUGAUGGUGGUUUGAGUGGCAGCAUGGACCCAACACAGCAACAGAAUCAUAUCCCAGAUCAGAACAGACGUCUCCCCCGAACAGCUAAUAGUCCCAGAAGAGAAGCAAUGCAACAACCCACAAAUCUCAAAACAUCCAUUAAGCAAGUUAAACUGCUUGUCACAUCGCAAUGAAGUCAAAACUAUUAGGCCUAAUCAGAGAUCUGAUGAUGGCGGCAAAGACUGCCUGCACACAUCACUUGUUUUUUCUCUAAGCAACUGCUGAUUUUUGCCACUGUAUAGUGAGCUUGUGAAAUUAAAUUUCCCAAUGCAUUCUGUGCAUUGCAUGCUCACUUGCAGCAAUGCUGUAAAACAGUUUAAUGCCAUUUUUUCAGUCCAGAAAACAGCACAGAUACUCAUGGAAUAUCACCAACACAACCAGACAUACAUCGUAAAAAUGUCCCUAAUGAUGCAAUGGUGGAAUCACAUGUUCAGGACGAAUCACAAGCUGGACAGCGGCUACUGCUUAAGAGUUGGUAGUUAGUUGUAUUACUCGAAACAAGCAUCGCUUUCACAUUAGCAGAUGGAUAUAGAUUACAGCAUUCCUAUCUGAAUACAUACAGUGCAGCUUUGUCAGGUGCUUCCUGGAUCUUCCCAUUAAGCACAAGAUAUCCUUUAGUGUUGGUGCUUUGGCACUAUAGCUCCGCUACAUUGGCUGCUGACGCGUGACAGCAACUUUUAACAGGAGUGCAAAGGCCUAGUGAGGAUGUAGAGGUGAUGAUGGCACAUUUUACAGGGUUGACUACCAAGAGACCCUGAUUUGUGCCCCAUUCAGAGCUGUGUGUUUUAACCUUUGUUUUGUUUUGUUUUUUUACCUCUGUUUAUGCUCUCAGAUCCACUCACUGGUUAGGUUUAGGCACUAAAGACUACUUGGUUAAGGUUAGUGAACCCUGCUCCUUGACAAAUGAUGCGUUGUAAGCAAUUGAUGACUCAUUUAUACCAUAACUCAGUGUGUCACAGCAAACAUGCUAAAGGACACUUUGUGCAUAAAUUAGUUACGGUUUAGCUUCAAUACCUGGUAGUGAUUGGCACCUUGGGUAUAAAAACAGAAAUACUUUAGUCAAAGCAACUGACAUCAGUUUAAUUUGUGUCAGUGAUGGCUUGUUAGGAGACCUGAUAGAUGAGUGAUUAGAGUUCUCAAACUCUUAGACAAUAGCCGCUUUCCAGUGUUGUCAGCAUACACUCAGCUUUGUGCAGGGAAAAGCACAAAUAUAUAUACUACAUAUACAUACACAUAUAUGUAUAUAU